AGCUUUUUCUGUUGCUUUCCACUCAAUCUCAAGUUAAGUAUCAGAUAUGCCAGCCCACCGCCCACGUUCGUUUUUAUUUUCAUCUAAAUACAGAGUGAUGAGGCCCACGUAGAUUGCAACUUGUAUUUAAACAAGGAAACCUUGCUGUUCAUCUGCCAGGGUAAUCUUAACUUGCCCUAGGUGUAGGUAGUCCGUUUUACGGAGCUUCUAAAUCAGGAAGGAGGGAGGAAAUUGCCCUAGCCGCCGCAGUUGAAGCCGACUCUGAAUCUUGCUUGAAGUCUACAAGAGCCAUCUUUUUAAGAAGAGCCAUUUCUUUUGUGUGUAGGUGACUGGGAUUCUGUGUUUGGGAGGAUCGAAUCGUUGCUUUGAAUGGUGGGCAGUACAUUGAUGCAGCUUCAUCGAUCGGUGGUGAACAAGGGAUCGAGUCCUGAAGGCCGUUCCCAGCCUCUCAUCACAAUCUAUUCACGCAUGCACCCUAUACCAACACAAAUCUUGCCAUUCUUGGCCUGCCGCGCCAGUGCUUGUGCAACUUUCAAAUUCGGGGUUUGCAAAGAAGGUUGGUACUAUCGCUGCAUUGGAGUUGAUCCUUAGACAUUUGCUCUGUUCUGUUUGCUCUGCUUUGCCUUUUAGCAUUUAUAGUGUUCCCAUGAGAGCGUCUUGGUUCUGAGGAGGCAGAGCCAUCGGCAGGGGCGGCAUCAUCAUCAUCAUCAUAACUAUUUAGUGAGAUUUUCUGACCUGAAAAUGGCAAAGUGGGAGAUGUCAAAGGUGAGCUCUUUCGUCUCUGCUCCGAGUAUGACAAACCCUAACCCUAAGCAAUCCAGCCCUACAAAGAGGGAUGCGAAGAGUAAAACGGGAAAUCCUAAAAGGUUUUCCGAGUUGAAAUCUUUUCCGAGCGUUGCACCUGGAGCCCCAUCUGCAGGCAGUGCUGCUCGUCAAUUCCCCAAGUCGCCGCUGGCUUCCAUGCUUAAGAAGAAUCAGGGAAAGGGAAAUGAGGCUAACCGUCUGCUGGUGACCAUUAAUGUAUUGGGCAGUGCUGGCCCCUUGAGGUUUUUGGCGAGUUCUGAUGAUCCAGUGCAGAAAUUAAUAGAAACUGCCCUUAAAUCUUAUGCUCGAGAAGGCCGUUUGCCCGUUUUUGGACAUAACGCCAAGCAGUUCGAACUACAUUGUGCUAAUAGCGGCUAUGGUCAAGCUUUGGAACCAUCCCAAAUAACUGGAGCUUUGGGAACAAGGAACUUUCUGCUAUGCAAGAAAAAUGAUUCUAAACUUGAGCAAGAAGAGGAGAAAGUUACCAGCGCAUCUCAUCAUCAUCAAAAGACCAACUUGUGGAAGAAUUGGUUGAGCACCAUGAGCUCGGGCUUUGGAAUUUCUUCUCAUUGAUCUGCCAUAUUUGAUUGGCUGUCUUAAGCUAUUUGUAGAUAUGGUUGCUAUCAUUCUACUAUUAGACUGCCCUUCUAACAUUGAGAUCUUGUGGGCUUAUGAUACAUUUCUGGUUGUUAAAUAUGUUGAUGCUAAGAUUUUGUGGGCUUACGAGCCAAUUUGGUUGUCAAAUAUGUCGAUUCUUAUAUUAUGUUGACCAUUUCUUGCA